UAAAACAUGGACGCUACAUCCAAGAGCUGCCAGUGGAGCUUGUUGGGAUAACUCAGUGUUUCUCUGGUCUGUAUUACGUCCUCAUUCAGAAUGAUAACCCCUGCGUUUGACCUAAGCCAGGAUCCCCAGUACCUGAUCCUCAACAUCCGUGUGCCCUACACCAGAACAUCAGAGUUUGACCUUUACAUUGAUGGAACAGAUUUCAAGUUCUAUGCCAAACCCUACUUUCUCAGAUUGUCUCUUCCUGGAAGGAUAGUGGAGGAUGGGAGAGAAAAGGCCAAAUUUGACAUUGAUAAAGGUCUCUUCAAUCUUCGGGUCCCUAAGGAAACAGCUGGAGAGCACUUUGAAGGACUUCAGAUGCUGACAAGUCUCCUCGCCCCAAAAGGCUCCCGGUCAGCAAAACCACUGGUAGAGGACUUAAGCACAGGCAAUGAAAGCGUGGGAGAUGAGGAAGACGAAGAUGAGGAAGAAUUUGACUGGCAAGUUGAGCAGGAGGUGUACAAGGAGAGCUCUGAGGAGGAGCUGAGAGCCCUGCAGACAUACGGCUUUGGCAGUCAGAGGUCCGGAGUGUUUGCACGAUUACAGGAGGAACUGAGCGACGUGACUGAUGUCAAGAACCCCGACGGAACGACAGCAGCGCAGAGGAGGCAGGCACGGCUAGAGGCAGAGGCGUCUGCAUUUUCUCCUGACCAUUACCUGGCUGAUUUGUUCGAGGAUGACGAGGUACAGGGGCUGCUGAAGUUUAGGCCGUGGUGGGCAAAGCUGAGUCCUUCUGCAGAGCAGGAGGGAGAAGCUGCUGUGUCAUUCACCGACGAUGAAAAGGAGCAGCUGAGAAAAUUCACCAACCGCUCCUACCUACUGGACAAGACGUCUCGUCACCAAGCGUGGCUCAGCCUUGUGGACAUCCUGCUGGCUUAUUCCUAUGAAGUGCGCUCCACGGAGGGAGAGCACAAUGUAGAGUCACCGUGGACAAUGAGAAAGCUCAGCGGGACUCUCUGCUGGCUCGAGACAUACAACUCCUUGCAAGACGUCCUGGUGUCAUUUGGACGGAGGGUUUUAUGCUACCCACUCUACAGACACUUUGCCAUGGUCGGCGCGGCUGCUCGCGACACAACUAAGAUUUUGCAGUCAGGGAAAGCCUGUGUCCUCAAAUGCCUGCUGGAUAUUCACAAAGUCUUCAGAGAGAACGACCCGGCCUACAUACUGAACGAUCUGUACAUCACAGACUACUGCAUCUGGAUCCAGAGGGUCAAGUCCAAGAAGAUGAUAUCCUUGGCCGCAACAUUACAAAAAGCCUCCCUGCAGAAAAAAGACUUGGAGCUGGAACUUGAGGAGCUAGAGGCGGCAGCGACAAUGGUGGCAGAGGAGGAGGAGGAAGAAGAAGGAGAGCAAGGAGCUUCCAGUGACAGCAGCAGCAGCAGCAGCAGCAGUGACUCCUCUGAUGAGAGUGAGGAAUCUGAAGCUGAAGGGCAAGGCUGCACCGACUCCAACGAGGAGGGAGGAGGAGGAGAGAUGUCUAAGGACAACCCUCUGCAGCCCCGACCGAGCUCUGCUGCUUCUCCCAUCCCCCAGGAACCCGCGAGCACACUCUUCUCAGCGGAGAGAAACGUAGACGCCCUCCCCUCAGCCUCGGAGGGCUCCAAGCGGCUGAUCCAGGAGCUGGGGGAGCGGGUGGCGCAGGAGCUGAAAAUCUCCCAAGACUCCAGCGACAAAGCAGAGAGAAGCUGCUCACAGCCCCACAGCGCUGCAGCAAACACUGAAGCAACAUCUGGGGGAAGCAGCAGCGGGACUCUCUUAGAGCUGAGUCCUCGCAGAAACCCUCUGCUCAUCGUCCAAACGCAGGGAGAUCUCGAUGAGAGUGACUUUAUCUGCUGACAGAAAAUAUUGUGGAACCUGAAAGCCACUUUUUGAACUGUUAACUCCAUGCAAGUGAUGUAAGAAAGUAUGUUUGACUCUUUGGCUUUUGAUGAUUUCAUUUCUCCUUUUGGACCUUGUUUAUUGUUAGUGCUUUAACUCUGCUGUAAACAUUGUUUUACACAGAAUGAUGUUUUCUUAAUUUAUGAACUUGCUAAGCCAUUAAAAUCCUUAUUUUAUAUUUGUGUUUUUUUAAUAAGCAUGUUUAUGCACUCAGUUUUCCUCAUUGCAUCAAAGGAUAGAUGAAGUCGCGGCUCAGCUCUCUAUUUCUUUUGUCUUGCCUCGUUUGUUAUCUGACUUCUUGCAACUUCUGCUCUGUCGUCUAAGCUGCCUCAUAUGCUGUACAGAUAUAUUUUUAUAUUUUCUCUCUGCACAUACUGUGUUUGAUUUUGGAAUAAUUAUUUCUGCUCCUUUUUAAUUGCUAAAAGUAAUUCAGCAGUGUUUGUGACAUCUGCUAAUAGUGUAGACCUUCUCUACUAUGCAUUUGUAUUUCCAUACCCACGUUAACAAAUUCAAUCUGUAUAUCUAUGUUGGACUCAAAUAAACAAAAUAGGAAUGUCA